AUGGUGCCCACGCCCCAGGUGUGCGUAUCAACCCUGGUCACGGUGAGCACUAUGGCAGUGGUGGACCUCUACCUGCUAGAGCAGAGCAUGCUGGGAGCCCGCGGGCUUCCAGGACCCGGCGUGUGGCAGUGCGCAGCGGUGUUGCUAGGAGAUGUUGGCUUCCUGCUUGCGCUGCGCUUUGUGUCGGCUGGCGUGGUGUCUGAGGCGCGGUCUCCACGCCGCGGGUUUGCCAACGCCCUGUGGUUCCUGUUCCUGUCGCUGCUGCAGCUCAAGCUCUUCUUCGUGUGUCACAACUACAGGCAGGAGCGGCGGCCACCCGACCCGCUCGCCAGGAAGACGCUGACGCUGCUGCUGUCCAUCUGCCUCCCCUCCUUGUUCCUCAUCCUGACGGGGGCUGAUCACAUGACCCCACAGCGGAGGAAGCAGGAGGUGCGGAGCCGGCUCCUGUGGGUGGUGGUGGACCUCCUGGACGUGCUGGACCUACAGGCGGGGCUGUGGGAGGCACAAGGAGGAGCUGCAGCGGCUGGAGGAGUAGUGGAGCAGAAGCUGCCCAUCUGGGUGGAGGGGCUGGUUUUCUUCUACUGCUACGCCCUCCUGCUGCUGCUGCCGUGUGUGGCCCUCACAGAGCUGGGGGGCACUGGCUUGCCAGGACAGAGAGGCCCCAGGAAGGAGGCUUUGUACCCUUGGCUCAGCCUGGUCACUAUCAACAUCUUUACUCUAGCCCUGAGGGGCACGGGGAUGCUGUGGUACAGGGACCCUCGGGUGUCCACAGUGUUCUUGGGGAAGAACCUGUUGGCUUUGGCUGUGAAGCUGAGCUCAGCCUGGGAGAGACACAGGCAGGAUCGUGGAGCUGCAGGGCCAGGGGCUGUGACUGGAUCAGAACCAGGAGAGCCAACCCUGCCAAGCCAGAGCUCGGGGCAGGAAGAGGGUCCUGCUCAGGGGAAAGCUCCCCCUGCUCAUUAUCACACACUGUCUCGCACACAAAGUCACACUCUCUCCCACGUCAGCUUGGAGCCCACAGAGACCCCCUUAGGACCUUCUUUCAUCUCCCAUGAACUCUAG